AGCCUGAGGCAAGUGCGCAUGCUCAGAACUCCUCCUCAGGACCUCUCGGCCGUUUCAUCGCUUUGCGAGUCAAACAAUACAUGGAACGCCGGGCAGCUCCUCCCCUCCUCAACGGCAGGCGCUUCCUGAUUGGCGGAGAUCGUGAGAGGGACAGGUAUAAAAGGGGGAGGUUGCCGCCGAGGGCAGUACUGGAGUGAUCGCGCUUGGGCAUUAACAAUGGCAGCUACAUCGCGGGAUCCCAACAUGUACUUCCGGUCCCCUCGAACUUCCGUGAUGCUCCUGAUCGCAGCCGGCAUGGGCUACUACAGCUGGGCUGUCUUUGCACCUGCAUCAAUCCCCUACGACAGUCUGGGACCCCUAGGCACUUUCACAAAAUUUCUGGUGGAAAAUCACAACACUCCUUUUAAAAUAGGGUAUGUUAUCAGCUGGGCAAUUCACCUUGGGGAAGCACUUUAUGCUUUGAAGCUAUGCAAGAACAAAGGCGUCACAGACAGCAAGACUCAGCUUUUGUGGUUUGUUCAGACACUUGCGUUUGGAGGAUUUUCUCUUUACUAUUUGUCGACUUCGAAGCUAGCAAAGAAAGCCAGUGAAGGAUACAAGGAGAAGACAAAGUAGAAACUGCAGUUUGUCACUUUGGCAUCGUUUUGAAGUUGAAGAUGAAUGAAAAGCUAGAUGUUUCAUGUGUUCAAAAUAUAUUGUGUUUUAACAGGAAAA